GGUCCAGUGGUAAUUUGAUGUGUGUCUCUUGGGACAUUUGAUGGAUUAAAGCUAAGCAGCUCCAUUUCGCAGCACCACCUGAUCUCAAAGCCUGGGUCCCAUAUAAAAGAAGCUUGAUUGCUGAUCUCAGCUAGUCUGACAGUCUCUUCUCUCUUUCUCUCUCUCUCUCUCUCUCUCUCUCUCUCUCUCUCUGUCCCUUUCCCUGGCAGGAACUAUCCAGUGCUGAACAUUUUUUUUUUUAACAGGGAGCCAUCGUUCUGGGCUUCUUUUCUUCUUUUUUAUUUUUAAGUUGGAAAAGGAUUAUUUCUUUUGUUGCAGCUCCUGUUUUUUAGGUUUUUUAGUUUUUUGGGGGGUUGUUCAACAUCUCUCAGCCACAACAUGCCACGCUCUUUUUUGGUGAAGAAGAUCAAGCUGGAUGAUUUUUCUUCUACUGCAGUGUCGGCUGCCAACCACCACCACCACAGUCACCACCAUUUAGAGGAUUCGUAUGCCUUUGCACGGUCUAUUACAGAUUCUGUUGGGAGCUUAGGGGUCCGGAUUAGUGAAAAUGGCUACAUCCAAGACUACAUCACGCCGUCGGUCUACGAGACCGAGAAGAAGAUGGGCCUCAAGCUGGCGUCGGUGGUGUCGGAGCCGGUCUACACUCAGGUGAGCAGCGGAGGGGAGGAGUACUCGGACCAUGACAUGGAGCAGCCGGACAGUCCGCAGUCAGGAAUGACUGCCACCGACUUCUUCAGCGGGGAGGCAGAGGCUCUGACGGAGGGCUACACCAUGGAUGCCUUCUUCAUCUCAGACGGGCGAUCACGGAGGAAGAGCGAGAGCGAGCCCAGUGCGGUGGCCACCGACCAACAGAGGCACAGCUGCAAUGAAUGCGGCAAGACCUAUGCCACCUCUUCCAACCUGAGCCGGCACAAGCAGACCCACCGGAGCCUGGAUAGCAAGAUGGCACGCAAGUGCCCCUCCUGCAACAAAGUGUAUGUCUCCAUGCCAGCCCUGGCUAUGCACAUCCUCACCCACGAUCUCAAGCACAAGUGUGAGGUCUGCAGCAAGGCCUUCAGCCGGCCCUGGCUGCUCCAGGGGCACAUGCGCUCGCACACCGGUGAGAAGCCUUUUGCCUGCGCUCACUGUGGAAAAGCCUUCGCCGACCGCUCCAACCUGAGGGCGCACAUGCAAACCCACUCGGCCUUCAAGCACUACAAAUGCAAGCGCUGCAAUAAAACCUUCGCGCUCAAGUCCUACCUGAACAAGCACUACGAGUCGGCCUGCUUUAAGGGCGCCCCGGAGGAGGACUCCUGCUCAGAGGACUGACACUCUAACUAAACAGAGCAAUCCUUUUAGAAAGCAAUAUUUUCACUGAGAUUACAAAAAAAGUAUAUGCUGGAUUUUCUGAAAAACUGCAACACACACACACACACAAACACUAUCUAAAGGCCUAGCAUGUGUUUUUUUCUAUUUAUUCUAAUAAUAAUAAUAAUAAUAGUAAUAAUAAUAUGAAUAGUAUUUUCUAGUAAGGCCGUGGAAAAACAAACUCGAAAGGGACUUGAAAAGACAUUGGUGGCUUUUUUAUACAAACAAAUAACCUCUUGUAUUUUUAUGCUGCUUUUUUGCUAGGGAUUGCAUCUUUUUUUUGCUAAGGAUUGCAUUCUUUUGCAUCAGCUGACAAGACUUUUUUUUGGAACAAAAUGUGAACAGUAUUUGCAAAAAAGAAAAAGAAGAGAAAAAAAACAGAAACAAAAAAACAUUGUUUAAGUUCAAAAUCUGAAUUUGAAUUUAUUUAUUUAUGUCAUUUAUUUAUUACGAUCACAGGUAUUUAUGAUUUAAUGUGCCAAUCAUUCCUGAGCUGUGUUUGUAACUGAGGAGAGCUUUUAUCUGAAAAGAUAGUGGUUGCAUUCUUUGCAAUAUGAAAGUAUUUAUAAGUAUUUGUAAGUGAGUUAGCGAGCUACCGAAUUCUGCUUGCUAUCCUGUCCCGUAGAUUAACUCUGGAUAGUGUACUGAGCACAGGGCCAUUUCUAAAUCCAGUGGCUGCACAGUGAUUAGCUGCACAGACCUAUACACAUCCGCUAUGCAAGAACACACCAAAGUGGGUUAAAAUUAAAACAGUAUUGUAGUUUGUAUACAAACAGCAACCAGCAACCAGUUGCCAAAAGUCAACAUUACAAUUUAUGAAAGUGUUGUAUUUGGAAAUAAGUCAUAUGGGGAUUUCUACAGCAGUUAACUGGUCUUUUGUGUUCCAUGGUGUUUCCUGCACAUGUAACCAUUUUGAGUGCUAGACCUCUAUUGAAGGAGGGGCUGUGGAUUCAAAACUGCCAAAAAGGUAUGAAAUGUAUGUUGAUCGCUGUAGAUGUUUACUUAUGAUAGCCAUUCAUCAAAUGACAGAUUGUUAUGAGUAGCAUGAAACAGCAGCAUUUAAAUACAAGUCUCAUGAAAGAGCGGUAUUUGAAUGCAAGACUCUUUCAUGAAACAGCAGCUUUUAAAUGCAAGAAUUUUUGUUUCCACUUUUGAAAUCCACAAGCCAUAAUGCAGCUGUGGGAUGCUGCAGACAGGCUUUGUGUUUGACCCUCCCUCCCCUCUGCAGUUUUCUGUAUAUUCCUGUUUUUCUUGGCUCUUUGGGCUCACAAAACCAGUUUCUAUUCAGCAAAGCUCGUCUGGAUAUACUGCAGGUACCAAGGAAGGUUAAUGUUGGGGGACAUGGAGAACACAUUCUUUAACAGAGAUAAUCUUUUAUAGUGCACUUUAUCUGUUAAGAAAUAGAAGAAUUCAUUGUCAAUUAAUUAAUUAAUUAAUUAAUUAAUUAAUUAAUUAAUUAAUUAAUUAAUUGUCCUUCACAAUGAACUAAAAGAUUUAUGUAUAGUUUGGCCUUUACAACUGUUUUAGUGUAAAGGUUUUUAUUAUUUUGUAAUUUGGCCUUUACAACGGUUUGGGCCUGUGUUUUAUUGCUGUAGUUUUGUACAGUGUUUUGAGGAAAUCGCUUUAAAGGACAAUUUGUUGUAAAAACUAUUCAUUUAAAACUCAGAAGUCACAGUGAAAUUUCCUGUUAUUCAUAAACAAAAUGACAGAAUUUUUCUGUUUAAAAAUGAACAAAAUUAUUUUGGCUAGUAUUUUUUCCCUUCCUAUCCGAACAGGAACAUUUCAUGGUAACUUUCGAGGCUCAGCUAUGCAGCUUCACUCCUAGAUGUUUCAUACACCACAGCUCACCCUCAGUUACAAGGAAAAGCCUUUUCAUCUCUUUAAGUUGCCAAAAGCGCUUGUCAAUUGAUACAAUUGGCAUCUCUGUUUAUUUAUGUGUUUUUAUUUUUACAUAUUGUUGUUAUGUAUGUAUGUAUUUAUUUAAUGUAUGUAUUUAUGUAUGUUUGCAUUUAUUUAUUUAUUUAUUUAUUUAUUUAACAAGCUAUUUAUUUAUUUAUUUAUUUAUUUAUUUAUUUAUUGAUUGAUUGAUUUAUUGACACGGAAUGAAAUGACCUUGUGAAAUGCUGCUGACCUUGAAAUAAUUGUCUAUAUGCAUGUAAAACUGUAGAAAGCCAAUAGGGUCUGAUUCUUAAAGAGGAACAAUAUAUUUCAAAUAUUUAAAAAGAAGAGGGAAAAGGAAUUGUGUGGGCAAUAAUAAUCUUGUAAUAUGGAACACUGUUAUCACCAUCUUUAAUUCUGCAGACAUUUUUACGUUUGCAAAAAACCUCAACAAAAACAAAACAAAAAAAUACAAAAAUAUCCUCCAUUUUCUAAGCACUUCAUUUUCUAAAUCUGUUCCUUUAACACAGACUGUUAAUAGACUUCAAAUCCAAUGCAAGGCUGUAGCCUCAGCUGUAUUCUUUGAUACCUUUGCAGAUGCUAUUCCUUGGGAAUACUAAGGGUCUAUUUGUGCAGCAGAUACCCCUGCUGGGAGGAGCCACAGCUGGGUUACAGCACCAGGAAUUCAGCUGGAUUGCAUCAAACACUCAUCUAACCAGGUGGUCAAAUCCAGAGGAUUCCCCGGUGCUGGAAAAUGCUCUAAAUAUAAGUAUGAUUUACAGAUUGAUUCACUGAACAGGAGCAUGGACUGUGCAGUGUCAGGUGGGUUAUCCUUUGUAAUAGGAUGGGAUUGUGGCUGGGUCAGGUGGGUUAUCCUGUGUAAUAGGCUGGGGUUGUGGCCGGGUCAGGUGGGUCAUCCUGUGUAAUAGGCUGGGGUUGUGGCCUGGUCAGGUGGGUUAUCCCAUGUAAUAGGCUGGGGUUGUGGCUGGGGUCAGGUGGGUUAUCCUGUGUAAUAGGCUGGGAUUGUGGCUGGGGUCAGGUGGGUCUAUGCCUGUGCAAUAGGCUGGGGUUGUGGUCAGGUCAGGUGGGUUAUCCUGUGUAAUAGGCUGGGGUUGUGGCCGGGUCAGGUGGGUUAUCCUGUGUAAUAGGCUGUGGUUGUGGCAGGGUCAGGUGGGUUAUCCUGUGUAAUAGGCUGGGGUUGUGGCAGGGUCAGGUGGGUUAUCCUGUGUAAUAGGCUGGGGUUGUAGUCGGGUCAGGUGGGUUAUCCUGUGUAAUAGGCUGGGGUUGUGGCCUGGUCAGGUGGGUUAUCCUGUGUAAUAGGCUGGGGUUGUGGCAGGGUCCUUGGUUAUCCUGUGUAUUAGGUUGGGGUAAUCUCUUCUAGUACAUACUGCCCUGUCUACCCUGUCUAAUACAAAUGAUCUUCUACUACUGCCAGGGGUUCAGUCUAAGGUCUCCAAUUCCGAACUGAGGCAAUCUUCAGGACAAAUGUAUGCUUUUUGAUUGUUCUAGAAUUAAAAUUUCUGGAAACCGUGAAUAUUAAAAAGCCUUUUCUGAGCUGGUGUGUUUACAAUAAAUGAAAGGUUAUUUUAAAGAUUUAUUGAGAGAUUGUCUGAUAUCGGACAACUCAAAGUUGGGAGCCUACUUGAGCAGGACGCUCAAUAGUAUCACAUAGACCACUGCACUUAAAAUGCUGUAGACCCAGCUGACAAAUGUGAAAGGCCAUAGAGGGGAUGUAAUGUUUUAGGACAGAAUACCUUGGCAGGUUUGCAAUUAGUGUCGACUGCAGCCUUGUAUAGGACUCCAUUCAGUACUUCAAAACUGCAUUUAAAUCUGGCAAAAACUUAUUGGACACAAAGGUUAUGACAUAACACUACUCAGCUCUUGGCUCAGGGGGGGUGUUCAGCUCU